AUGGGAGACUAUAGGGAGCUGCGAAGGCGGGCCGAGGAUCGAGGGGUUGUCCUAAGAGGGAUCAAUCCGCUGAAAAUACGCGGUUGCGGCAUCGGCGUGGUCACGGCGCGAAAACUGACAGAAGGGAAAGUCAUUCUCAAAGUUCCCACUAAGGCUCUCUGUAGCCUAUACACGGUCUCCGUGGUUAUAUUGAGUAAACCUCCCCACGAUUCCCCUUUCCAUGGCAUACUCGCUGCCAACAUAGCACUCGACACGACGACCGCCCUGGAACCGUGGGAAACCACAUUACCCUCACUACUGGCGGACUUCGAGGCGACUACGCCGUACUAUUGGCUGCUGGAAUUUCAGGACCUUCUUCCUAAACCAGCUAAGGACAUUCUAAAGAAGAAGCAAUUCCAUUUUCAACAUCACUGGAACAUUGUGUCGAAAGUCUUUCCGCAAGUGCGUCUGGAAGACUACCUGUACUCAUGGUUCCUGGCCAACACGCCCACCUUCUACUAUGAAACCCCUGAGAUGGAGAAGUACAAUUGGGAGGACAGGUUGGCGCUAUUACCAAUAGCAGAACUGUUUAACCAUGCAGACGGCAAUGUCCGG